AACCAACGUUCCACGGCUUUCACUGUACUGCGCACGCGCUCUAAGAAGGCGGAUUCAGAGGGCUGCACUGACCACGUGAUCACACCGGCUGGCAAGAUGGCUGCGCGCAAGGAGCGGCAUGUGUUAAGGAGAAGAAAUGUUCCUGGGGGAGCCACGCGAAAGGAUCUGGAUGAGAAACUCGCAGCCGUGUUGGCGAGCCGGGGCAAUGCUAACAUUGUGUUUGAUAUCCUGGAAUAUCUGGAGGUAAGGACGGUGCACGUGUUAUUCAGGGCAAGGUCUGUCUGUCUGCCUGUCCCAUGUUACUACCCAGGGCACUGCACGAUAAAAGCCUUAUCUAACCUGUCUCAAUAAUAAAUGCAGCCUUGGCCGUGUUUAUAUGAAGAUUUAUCAAAGAAAAAAAGUGCAUCACAUUAUUGCAGUUUACUCUUUCGCCUCACAUCAAAUAGCUGUGAAUUCUGUUGUUAAACAUUUUAACUGCAAAUAGGUUUUUGAAACGCUAUAAAGUACCAUUACUUGUUUUAAACCUUUUGUACCUACACAACCUAGAUGUCGGAUCAUACUAAAUUGGUUUUACUACUUACCUUUGGGAGGGCAUCAGGACACUCUUCAUACUAUAACCAAAACAGGAGAUGGUUGUAGUUUUGGUGUUUUAAAGUGAGACACAAUGCCAGGACUCUUUAUAAAACCUAAUCACUACAGCAAGCCGUAGUGGACAUGUUGCUUAGGUUACUGUUGAAAGCAUUUUGGGCAUCAUUUAUCACUCCUUUUUUAUGAACAUAAACUUUAUAGUAUAUAUAUAUAUAUCUCCUUACCUCUUAAAGAGAAGCUAUAGUGCCAGGAAAACAAAGUUGGUUUCCUGGUACAAUAGCUUUCUAUAGUGCCCCACUCUCUUGUGCCCGGCCCCACUUGGUGCAGAAGGUGUUAAAACUCCCUUCUGUCAUUUACAUAAUGCGGUUUUCCCACAGCGCUGGAUCAGGCUCCGCUUCCAAUACUGACAUUGGUUUGGGAGACCUAAUGCACAUGCGCAGCUUUUGCCGUGCUUGCAUUAGGACUUUCCCGAUAGGAAAGCAUUGUAUGGGGUUUUGGGUGACGCUGGAUGUCCUCAUGUAUAGCUUGAGGACGUACAGCGCCACUUAGGCAACCAAAAGUCACUUAACCAGCCGGAAGGCCCUCUAGUGGCUGUCUGGUAGAGGUGAAGUUAACCCUGCAAGGUAAUAAUUGCAGUUUAUUAGGAAGCUGCAGUAUUUACCACUGCAUAGUUAAAGGACCACUCUAGGCACCCAGACCACUUCAGCUUAAUGAGGUGGUCUGGGUGCCAGGUCCUUCUAGGGUUAACCCAUUUUUUUAUAAACAUAGCAGUUUCAGAGAAACUGCUAUGUUUAUGAAUGGGUUAAGCCUUCCCCUAUUUCCUCUAGUGGCUGUCUCAUUGACAGCCACUAGAGGCGCUUGCGUGCUUCUCACUGUGAUUUCACAGUGAGAGCACGCAAGCGUCCAUAGGAAAGCAUUGUAAAUGCUUUCCUAUGCGACGGGCUGAAUGCGCGCGCAGCUCUUGCCGCGCGUGCGCAUUCAGCCCAGGAGGAGGAUCGGAGGAGGAGAGGAGACAGAGAGCUCCCCGCCCAGCGCUGGAAAAAGGUAAGUUUUUAACCCUUUCCCCUUUCCAGAGCCGGGCGGGAGGGGGUCCCUGAGGGUGGGGGCACCCUCAGGGCACUAUAGUGCCAGGAAAACGAGUAUGUUUUCCUGGCACUAUAGUGGUCCUUUAAGGGACCAGACACAGAUCACUUCAAUGAGCUGAAAUUGUAUGGGUGCCUAUAGUGUCAAUUUAAGCGUGACGAGGUUCUGUAUUCUCUAUCCGCAAAAUGCAUGUAUCCUGUAGCCAUUUUGUUUAAUUGAAUUCUGAUUAACAAUUAGACUCUCCCAGAGUGUAUAUUAGAAAUGUAUUGUGCCUUACUGGCUAUUUAUGGAAAAGUGUAAUGAUGUGACAGCUUAAAAACAAAAAACAGAUUCAGUAUGUAUUCUUUCAAGGGAUUGUUUUGACUUUGGAGAUAUAUUUAACAAGUGUUUUACAUUGUAUCAAUCAACGGCUGAAUAGAUUCUUUUUGCUUUCUUCAGUCUGAUAAAGAAGAUGAUGUUCAGGCUGCGGUUCGGAACUGCUCUAAACUCUUCCAGACAUAUUUGGAGAAACGGGAGCUUCAUGUUGGAGUCCUUUCUGCUGAGGAUGAGAGCCUUCCAGGUUGCUGUCAUAAGUUAUUCCAUGAGAUUUAAUAAUGCCCAGAGUUGCAUGUAGCUAUGCAUUUUCAUAUUGUUUUAGUACAUUUGCCACUUGAUCUCUGUGCAGUGUUUUCACAUCCUUUGCCAACCAAGCACCUAAACAAGGGUUGAACAAGUUGUAUACAGUAAUAUAGAAAAUAUGGCAACACUUAAAUUAACAAAUGGUGUGUACACUUACAAGAAAUGGAACACACGCUUUCAUUACCAAAAUGAAAACAUUUCCCUAUUCUUGCGUAAGAUUCCUUUAAAACCAGGUUUACUUUCAAGUUCUGUAAAAAAAAAAAGUAAUGUCAGUCAAUGAUAUAAAAAAACCUUUACCUAUUAAUUACAUUUAAAGUUGUAGUGUGUGUGUGUGUAUAUAUAUAUAUAUAUAUAUAUAUAUAUAUAUAUAUAUAUAUAUAUAUAUAUAUAUAUAUAUAUAUAUAUAUAUAUAUAUAUAUAUAUAUAUUUUCAACAAAUGCAAUGCACUUGGUCAGCAUGACAGAGAAAUUGGGCUGAUACAGAAAUCUUUUUAUGUGUGCCGAUAUAUCUCUAGUUUACACACUUUGAAAAAUCAUAAUUUCAGUGAGUGAUAUUUGUGACUGUAGUUGGGUGACUUAAUAUACCAUAAUGCUUAGGCAACCUACAGUCUGCUACAGUCACAAAGGUUGUCAUUUAUUCAUACCAUUUGUGGGCUUCCUUUUGCAUCAUACUCUGCAAUCUGUGAAGCUAAAUGAGCAUCGUUGGAAAUAAAGCCCACAAAAUGAGUGAUGGUAAAUGUUUAUGACUGAAACUGUUAUCUAUUAAUGAAGCUGUUUGAGCAUCAAUGAAGAAACAGCUCAAAACAUCUACAGUAUCUGUUGUAUAUUAUGGGUUCUUGUAACAGACUAGAUAGUUUAAAGGAUCACUAAAUGCACCCAGACCAUUCAUCUCAGUGCAGUGGUCCCUGUAGUUUUAACAAUUCAAUGGAAAACAUUGGUGUUUUAUUAAAAAAAAAAAAAAGGCUUAAACACACUUCUAGUGACUCGCACUGACACUUACUAGGAGCACUUCCGAGGCAAGAGUCGACAAAGUCGGUCGUGUGAGCUUCAACAUCACUGGCAUCAAUUGUAGCUCAAAGGAAAGCAUUGAAUUGAACGCUUUCCUAUGAGAAACAUUUGACUGGAUGCUCUCUCCUCUAUGAGAAGCAUUGGAUUUUACAAUCACCUAGAGCAGCACCUACAGGAUGAUGUUGAUGAAGUGAAGGGGCAGCAGCGCUGAGAUAGUCUCGGUAUAUAUCUAAAUAAGGAUUAGGGCACAAUAGCGUUAGGAAUCCAGUUUUGUAUUGUUAAUGCUAUAGUUGCCCUUUAGUUCAUGAAUACACUUUUUAAUACAAAUACUUAUGUAACUUAUACACAAAUAAUCAAAACUUGUUUGUUAUUUAAGGGGAUAUAACCUUUUUAACAAUCUGGUGACUGCAUUAAAUGUUUUGAAUCUGUCGGGUUAACUGGGGACCUAUUACAAAUACAUUUUCCCCUUUUUCUCUUCAAAUUAGAUACACUGAGUGCGGAACAGAAGUACAAGAUGUGGAUGAGGCAUCGUUAUAAUAGCUGUGUCGCCUGCUUGCUGGAUCUCAUGCAUCGCUUUUCUUUUCAGUUGCAGGUCAGUGUGGGCUGGUAUUGUACAUUUGUCCAGAGCAUCUCAAAGUGUAAUACCCUAUACAAAAUAUCAACCCAUAAUAUAGAACAAUCAUAAAGCACAUAAAAGAUAAAAAAAAAAAAAAAAAACUUGGCAAAAUAACUAGAUCUAAUUGUUUUUUUGUUACAAAUGGAAUCCUUGGAGUGUCAGUGUGCUCUCUUUAGUUAUAUUUGCUAAUACAAAGUUAUUCAAACCAUAAGGACCUAGCGGUAUCCAAAGACUGGCAUGUUCAAUCUCUUCUGAGGUGUACAAAGGUAUUAUUUUGAAGAGAUUGAAAUGCCUCUCUUCUGAGAAGAGCCAUCUCUAGUACCUCCUGAGAACUUCAAAUCUUUUAUCCUUUUAUUGUGAUGAUGUUUUUUGAACUGCCCUUGGUGUUGACUAUACAUAGCAAGAAAUGUGCACAUUUGAAGACCUUUACACCGGAAUGUGCUGUGUUGUCAGUAAUUUUGUAUUCAUUUUUUUGUUUUGUUUGUUUACUUACUAGCAACAAAGUGAUCUAUUGACACCCAUCAAAAUAAAAGCAAAAUGCAGUUCUUGCUUUUCCCCACUUUUUUAAGUACAAGUGUGUGGCUGGAGAUAGGAGAUUGUAAUUAAACAGCUGGAAGUCUGAAUGUCAGCUAGGAUAUUUACCAUUAUCACUAUGCAUAUUGCUCUUAAUCUCAAGGGAAAACAGUCGUCUGCUGGAAAUAUCCUAAUUCAUGGGUCCUCAAACUCCGGCCCCCAGAUGUUGCUGAACUACAACUCCCAUGAUUCUCUGGCUAUGUAAUUCAAAGAAUCAUGGGAAUUGUAGUUCAGCAACAUCUGGGGAGGCCGGAGUUAGAGGACCCAUGUCCUAAUUUGUCCAUAUCUUGGUUACAACUGUUGGUUGGUUUCUGAUCUUGUUGUUCAUAUUAUUAUUCUCUUUUAAUGCCUAUUCUAGGUAGAACAACCACUGAAUUGUUGUUGGUCCAGUACGAAUUAUAUUUGAUACAAACCUGUUAAAAAAAUAAAAUAAAAAGAUUUGUGUUUUUAAAGACACAAAUGUGUAUUCCUGACACUAUUCGUCUUAAUAACAGUUUAGUCUUGGCCCUCCUUACCUCCAGUUAAAAAAAGGUGAUUUGCCUUUUUACAGCUCUAUGUGGGACUGGUCACUGCUGGCUCCACUCACUUGUCUGAGAGCAUCAAACUUGAUCUCAGCCAAUCCAAUGCUCUUCCAUAGGAAAGCAUUGGGAGGCUAUCGGCAUGUGCGUCAAAACGCUGCAGUUCGCCAAUCAGCAUCUCCUCAGAGAUGCAUUGAAUCAGUUCUGUGCUUUCAUGUAAACCGUGGAGAUGCUGAAUGUCUAAGUGACUGCCGCUAGAGGUUUUCCUAGGCAGUAAUGUAAACCCUGUCUUUUCUCCGAAAAGACAAUGUUUACAAAAAAUCAUGCAGGGACCGGCUAUAGACAACUAAUAUUAAGGUGUAGUUGUUCUGAUGACUUUAGUGUCCCUUUAGUGCUUGCUGCUAUACAAGAUAUAGAUAUAAGAUUCCUGUUUGUUCCUAUUUAUUUGUCAAAUUUUACUUGGAUGACAAUGUGUAGCCAAGUACUGUCUGUUCACCAUUACUCUCAUUGUUGAACAUCUUUUUAAGAAUAACAUGGAUGUGAAACUUCUGCAUUAUCUGAGUUGCAGCAGAGGGGUUGAAAUCUAGGCUCCAAGAAGGUUCUCCACCCAAAAACACUUUACUUCAAACCUUCUAAAAUAAGCUGUAGUGGUUAUGGUGCUCUGGUCCCUUUAGAGUUGUGACUUGUGCUUAUGUUUACAGACUGCAUGUUUUAUAUGCCAUUCCAACGUCAGCCAGUGAUAUCUCUGUCUGUAGCAUGAAAAUAAUGUCUUUACUGGCCAUUGUAGGGCUUGUGUGAACUAACCACCUAUCAAAAUAAUGACCAUGACGUGAUCAAAACCCCUUUUUUGUUCAUUACCUGGUUCCAACGCCAAAGUCGCUCGGUGCUGGGUCAGGCUUCUCCUCCGGCCGGGGGAUGUUAUGCACAUGCCGCGAUCACAUUAGAACUUCCCCAUAGGAAAGCAUUGAGUCAAUGCUGGGUUUUAGCUGACCCUGGACGUUCUCGUGCAAAGUGUGCAUGAGGACAUCUUACUGUCAUUAGUGGACUGAUCUGAAACUGAAAUGUGUAGGUGAGAGGGAAAGGGGGGAGGCUGAAGAAACUCCUCUAGCUGAGAGCCGUGCCCAACAAACUGGCCAUGUUUUAUAGUAAAUUUAUAAAUGUUAUUACAUACUUCUUAUUUUUCAUGCUUUAUUUUGGUUGUGUAUUUGUUUAAAAGUAAAAACAAAGAGAACUUACCUGCGCUCUGGCCUAAAUCCCCGUGAGCGCAGGUAACGUUCUUUGUUUUUACCAUGUAUUUUAAGCUGUUGGAUACUAAGUUACUGCUGCUGUAAGUGCGGUGCUUUAUCUUUGUGUUUGUAUUUGUUUAUAUGUGUUUGCUGAUUUAAAAAAAUAAAAUUGUCAAUGUAUGCAUCUCUCUUUAAUCUCUAACUAAAAGCUUAUAUGACCUGGUAGUUUUUGUUAUCAUACUUGAGAGAGGGGAAAGAAGAAAUUCCUCAAUGGGAUAUUCCAGUGUGGCUAUUACCGUUGGUUUCCUUCCGUAUUCCAGACCUUUAGUCAAGUUGUAACUUUCGCUGUGAUGUCUCAUUAGUAUUCUAACAAAUUACUCUAUUUAAUUCCUAAAGGAGCUGGCACUGUGCACCCUGAUGAAAUUUAUCCAGCUGGAGGCCAAGUUCCCUCUGGAAAAUGCAGAAUGGAAAGAAAGCUGUGUUUUUCCUCGAGAAUUGUUAAAAGUAAGCUGUGGAGAGCAUGGGGGAGGGGGUUGACUUUGCCAAGUUUGUAAGAGUAAUUAUUUGUCUUGUUUAGUCCGUGAUAAACAGGUUACUACAUGAGGACACAGAUUCCACCUCCUUGAUUUUCCGAUUCCAAGAAUAUCUGGAAUAUGACGAUGUCCGCUAUUAUACCAUGACUCUAAUAAAUGAAAGCAUUAUCCGAGUGCAUCAAAAAACCAAAGAGGUAUGAAUAGUACAUCCACUACUAAACCGGGAUGGUACCUCAAAUUGUUUAAUUGCAUUUUCUUAUUCCGUAGCCACCCCUAUAAUUGGCUAAAAGUGUGGGGGGAAAUUAGUUGAUGUAGCAGUUAAUGGGGAAAUAAGUACCGUAUUUAUCGGCGUAUAACACGCACCUCAUUUUAAGAAGGAAAUUUCAGGGGAAAAAAACUUAAAGGACCACUAUAGUGCCAGGAAAACAUUCUCGUUUUCCUGGCACUAUAGUGCCCUGAGGGUGCCCCCACCCUCAGGGACCCCCUCCCGCCGGGCUCUGGAGAGAGGAAGGGGUUAAACACUUACCUUUCUCCAGCGAGGCGGGGAGCUGUACUCCUCUCCUCCUUGCUGCAACGUCAAAUGCCGGCUGAAUGCGCCGCGCAUUCAGCCGUUCACUAAAAGCAUUUACAAUGCUUUCCUAUGGACGCUUGCGUGCUCUCACUGUGAUUUUCACAGUGAGAAGCACGCAAGCGCCUCUAGCGGCUGUCAAUGAGACAGCCACUAGAGGCUCUGGAGGCUGGAUUAACCCUCAGUAUAAACAUAGCAGUUUCUCUGAAACUGCUAUGUUUAUAAAAAAAAGGGUUAAUCCUAGAGGGACCUGGCACCCAGACCACUUCAUAAAGCUGAAGUGGUCUGGGUGCCUAGAGUGGUCCUUUAAAUUUCAAAUAAAGAACUUCUUACCCCCUUUCUUACUCCCCCCUCCCCCUCUUCUUACUUCCCUUCCCCCUCUUACCCCUUUCUUACUCCCCCUCCCCCUCUUCUUACUUCCUUCCCCUCUUACCCUUUCCUCCCCCCUCCCCCUCUUACUUCCCCCUCCCCCUCUUCUUACUUCCCCUCCCCUCUUACCCCUUUCUUACUCCCCCUCCCCCCUCUUCUUGCUUCCCCUUCUUACUUCCCCUUCCCUCUUCUUACUUCCCCCCCUCCCCUCUUCCUUUCUUGCUUCCCCCCCUCCCUCUUACCCCUUUCUUACUCCCCCCUCCCCUCUUCUUACCCCCUUUCUUGCUCCCCUCUUCUUACCCACCUCCCUCUUCUGCCCCCUACCCCCUUCUUACUCUCCCUCCCCUCUUCUUGACCUCCCUCCCCUCUAUUUACCCUUCUUACCCCCUCCCUGUAGCGUGGCCGAGCCGCUCUGCUGUCCGCGGUUGCCGGCCGGAGUGAUACAGGAAGGUGCACAUUGAGCGUGCACCUUCCUAUCACUCCGGCCGGGCACCGCGGACAGCAGAGCAGCUCGGCCACGCUACAGGGGAGGUGAGAACCAACUGCAGCCGCCUGAGCGCUCUUGACAGAGCGCUCCAACGGCUGCAGCAUUGACAGAGCGCUCAGACGGCUGCAGCAUUUAAAGGGCCGGCGUAUAACACGCACCCACAAUUUCUCCCCUAUUUUCAGGGAGAAAAAGUGCGUGUUAUACGCCGAUAAAUACGGUAAUUUUUUUUCAGUGCUACGGUUUCAUGAAAAAUCAUCUGUCUUGUUUUUAUUUUAACAUAUGUAUAUUAUCUGCAAAUGUUUACUAUGGCUAUAUGUAAUGAUGCCACAUGGAUGAGUGUUGUAUCAGCAAAAUAUGGUAUUGCAGCCAUAGCUCAUAUUUUAACAAAAAUAAAAUGGGGAAAAAGAUACAGCACCUUGCAUAUUAAAUUCUGAGUUAUCCAGGUCUCUUCUAGUUGCUUGGAAUAUCCACUUAAUGUUGUUAUAUUGUCCACACCUUGUAAAACAUAUGAUGAGAAGCAAAUCUUACUCCCUCCCUCUAAUUUCUGUAUUCUUCAUUCGUGUGCAGUCAUUCUCAAUAAAAUUAGUGAGCCGCCACUGGUAGAUUACUGCAUUACCUUAUGUGAACUUUAAUAUCGAACUUUUAUAAUAAAAUUUUUUCCUACUCUAAUUGAGCUUCUGGCAAUUUUUGUUUCUCUCUCUCUCUCUCUCUCUCCCUCGCUCCCCAGAUGGUCCUCCCAAUUUUCCAAAAUAAUGUAUUUUGCUUGAUCUCCUCCAUUAACAUGCCAGUUGAGGAAAACACACUAUCCAAUUUCCUAGUUGCGCAGAAAGGUGAGUAUGAAGCAGUGCUGAAUUUAUAUUGUCCUCUGUGAAUUCUUUCCACAUCUGGGAUUAAAGGAUUGAACAUUUUGUGAUAGGUGUGAUUAUCUUUUAAAUUCAGGACUGCUUAGCUGGAUACCUGCAGGCAUAAUGUGAUUAUAAUUUUUUUUUGUUAAAUGGAAAGAUGAUUGGAUUUUUUUUAUGUUGAAUUGAUGUAUAACUAAUCUGUGUUUGUAGACUUUAUUUUCUGCAAUGCAUUUAUAAAUGGAGUCCGUCUAAGGAAAAACCUUUCUCUGUGAAAGGAUAAAUUAAUUCAGGCCAAUAUAUACUGCUAAUUGGGAAAACUGCGGACUGUUCUGUGUCCUGGUUGAGCCCAUCUUAAGGAAAAUAUAUAAUACCUCACUGUGAAAAUAUAUAAUACUGCACUGUGAAUGUUUACAUGGUGUGUUCAAUAAAAACAUGGCAACAAUUCAUUCUUUGUGUGUUUAAGCAGACUGUGAUUGUCUAUUGUUGUGACUUAGAUGAUCAGAUCACAUUUUAUGACCAAUUUGUGCAGAAAUCCAUAUCAUUCCAAAGGGUUCACAUACUUUUUCUUGCAACUGUAAAAUAUAUAUAUAUAUAUAUAUAUAUAUAUAUAUAUAUAUAUAUAUCUCUUACAGUUGCAAGAAAAAGUAUGUAAAAAGAAAAUUUUACUUAUUUUUUUAAAAGUAAAAUUUUCUGCAAUGCAUUUAUAAAUGGGGUCCGUCUAAGGAAAAAUCUCUCUGUGAAAGGUUAAAUUAAUUCAGGCCAAUAUAUACUGCUAAUUGGGAAAACUGCUGACUGUUCUGUGUCCUGGUUGAGCCCAUCUUAAGGAAAAUAAAUGAAUGUUAUAAAUGAAUAUAAGUUAAAUUUUUCCUUUUAAAGGAUGAAAUUAUACUAACCCAGCAUGUGACUCUUACAUACUUAAGAGGCCAAACUAGUGCUUGUGCAUCAAAUAGGUCUCCUUGUGUCCCUGUAUCAGCCUAGAAACACAGCCCAAUCCUAAAUUCAAGUUGCCAUGUUAUGUUAUAGACAGUUUUACCUGUUUUGAGUUCGCUUUAAUUGUGAAAAAAUGUAUUGUACUUCAUACAAAAUGUUAAAGGUCAGUGUAUAUGUAAGAAUACAUGCAGCGGUGUGAAAAUUAAAAAAUGGCUACUUGUCAAAGUGGUAGUCCAAUCUACUUGUCCUGACACACAGCAUAAUAUAAGAUUGGGACACUUGCCUAGAGCCACGGACAUUCAUAGGUUUAUUCACCAUAUUUUUGUGAAUUAAAUCCCCAAAGUAUCUCUCUCUGUUUUGCACCCUUUGCCUAAAACACAUACACAUUUUCUUUUGGGGGGAGGCUGCUAUCAGUUUUGGAGUGUGUGGUGCAGACUACAGUAAUUGCUCCCUCACGAUCUAGCAUUGGAAAUCAUUAGCCCCAGACAGCGAGGUAGCGACUACUGUGGUCUGCUCCCGCCAGAGGUAUAUACCAGUAGAGUUCAGCACAGUCGCAAUCUUAAUAUGGUGGUCUUUUAUUCAUGGUGUCAAAUGGGUGAUGUUUUGGCCCCAGACUGCCUUUUAUUAAACCUAACUUUUUAUUUUUUUAUAAUUCUUUAUAAAUCGGUUAUACAGAAUCCUGAUUAAAAAAAAAAAAAAAAGAGGUGUAAAUGUUUAAUUUUAUCUUUCACACCUCACAAAUGUAACUAUUUAAUAUAGAUGUUACCUUAAAUGGAAACUAUAGUGCCCCCCUAUGUUGCAUGUGCAACCCCCCCUCCUCCUGUCACUUACCUGAUUCCAGCACCUAUGUUCCUCGGUACUGGUUCAGGCUCAGCCUCCGCUCCUACACUGACGGUACACCACUAGAGGUGGAGUUAACUCUCAAAGGUAAUUAUUGAAAUUUAUUAAAAACUACAAUAAUUACCUUUGCAGGGAUAAGGCACCGGUGACCCUGGACCACUUGAAUUAGCUGAAGUGGUGUGGGUACCUAUAGUGUCCCUUUAAAUGUUAUGGGAAAUGGCAUUUUUCACUUUAAAUGUAUUAAAACAAUUUCCAGGAUAGAUAGAUCGAUCUAAAUAUCUAGGCUAUUCUUUUUCAGUGCUUUACCUGCAUUUGAGAAUAACGUGUUGCCUCAGAUUUGUAUUAAAAACAAGCAAUCCAUUCCUCUUGUUUAUAGAAUAAUAGAUCUUUUGCUCUCAAUGAUACUAAUAGGCAGUUUGAUAUACGAUGUUCAUAACAAUGAAGCCAGUAGCAUCCUUUAAAAAUGUGAAACAGACAAGAAAUUAUGGUAAAAUAGAACCUCAGUUGAGAAUCCAUCAAAAUGCUAAGUGAAUGUCAUCUCUCUCAAUGUCAUUUUUUUUUUUUUUUAUUGUGUUUCUUAUGCAGCAAAGCCAGAUGACUGGAAGCCAGCAAAACUGAAGGUAAUUCUCAAAUUCUCUAGCUGAAUUAUUCCGGGUGGAUGGCUUUGGAAGUAAAUGCAUGUUUGUUCAUUUUUUGUUUUAGGAGCAUAAAAGAGUUUUCGAGAGAGUGUGGAUGAACUUCCUGAAACACAGGGUAAGUGCACAAUACACUUCACUCUUUGAACAUGUUGGUUGAGGAUAGGGAUUUGAAUAUUUAUGUAGAAGAGUAGUAUAAUAAAAACCACCUGCAUGCUAAAAAUAUAGAAAAAGGUGAAUACCCUCUUCCAAAUUUUGAAUUAUUCCCAUACACCCAUCUUGCCACAACUGUCAGUGAGUUCUGUAUUCUACGGAUUAUAGCAGUUGCAGCAAUCGUCAUCAGUAGUCUUCUCGCCAAAUAAUCCUUUUACUGAAGCAUCCUCAACAGAACAAGUAAGCACUCCUCCAUAGAUGUUACUUGUACUUCUUUAUGACCACAUAUUUAAUUGGAUGAUAUUUUUAAUGACCUCUUUCAUUUAUUUUAACUUCACUGUAUGAACAUGUCUAUUAAAGAGACCCUAUAAGCAGCCAGACCACUUCAGCUUGUUUUUAAUAAACCGCAGUAAUUACCUGCUAGGGUUAACUCCUUCUCUAGUGGCUGUCUACCCCUUCCAGGUGUCUAGGCGACUUUUGGUUGUCUAAAUGAUGCUGGACGUUCUCACGCUAUGCAUGAGGACUUCCAGCGUCACUUGCAUCCCCAUAGGAGAGGGUUAAAUAAUGCUUUCCUAUGGGGAAAUCUUAGUUUGCGUGCAUGCACAUUAGGGGAGGAGCAAAGGCUGACCUGAGCCAACGCUGAGGGAUAUCGGCGCUGGACCCAGGUAAGUGACAGAGGGGGUUAUUAACCCCUUCUGCACCACAGUGUGGGGAAGAUAUAGUGACUGGAAAAUUAGUUUUUCUUGGCACUGUAGUUUCCCUUUAAUGUUUUCACUUGCAAAGAAGCUGUAUUGUAUAUUAAACUGGAUAACAUUGUCUUUGUCGCUCCCAGCAAUUAACGUUACACAUAUGCUCCAAUUUCCAUUAAAUGAUUUGUUUUUUUUUAUAGUAGUACCUAGCUUAUGAUAAUGUUCCUUUGGGGAAGACCUGAUUCGGGCAGUUGUAUUUGUUCUUGUCUCUUAUUUGUUUCUGAAUAUAACUAGCAAAUAAAUGCUUUCAGUUAUAUACCAAAGUGUGACUUGUCGUGAAUUCCAAAUAAAUUUUACAUUUAGGCUGAAAAUAACUGAAGUGGAAAAAUCUUUAAAGCGGCUCUGUCACCCAAAAAUAAAUUGAGCAUUUAAUUGAAAUUCCAACCCUGUCAAAAUACAGUCAUGGGAAAAAGAAAGUACACCGUCUUUGAAUUCUAUGAUUUUUACAUAUCCAGGCAUAACAAUAAUCUGUUCUCUAGCGGGUCUUAAAAUUAGAUAAAUACAACUGCAGCUGAACAACAAAACAUGACAUUACACCAUGCCAUGAUUUAUUUUACAAAAAUAAAGCCAAAAUGAAGAAGCCAUGUGUAAAAAGGAAAUCAUGACAUAAUGUAAUAUGUUGUGUUGUUCAUCUGUGGUUUUAGGACCUUCUAACCAACAGUUAUUUAUGUACUGAUGUGUAGAACCAUAGAAUUCAAAGAGGAUGUACCCCCCCAAUUACUGUAUAUCAUAAGACAAAGUAGGUGCCACUUUUUCUUAUGGUAUAUUCCUAAACUGACCAGAGGUGGAGCUACUACUGUCAAGUUUUGCCACCUCCCAAAGUCGUUGCUAGUGAUGGCUGGGAGAAUAAGGCAUUGUUUCACUCAUCACAACACUAUAUCUAUGGAGGUUCCUAUGAACUCAGUGGAUCUUCUGUAGACCUAAGUGUUGUACUCUGGUGUUUUUUUGUGGUGAUGUCACCAUCUGGAUGGUUUACAAAAUAUGCAAGGACCCCGAAUGCCACAGACACGCUUUGCUCAUUAUAUUUUCAUUUUAGCAUUAAAGGGACACUGUAGGCACCCAGACCACUUAUGCUAAUUAAGUGGUCUGGGUGCUCUGUCCCUUUUGCACUAAGUGCUGCAAUGUAAAAUAUUGCAGUUCCAUAGAAACUGCAGUGUUUACAUUGCAGCUCUAAGUCUGCCCUCUGUGGCUGUCUACCAGACAGCCAUAAGAGGGCUUCCUGAAUUGAAAUUGACCUUUGGCCCUACAUGAGGACCUCCAGCGCCAGAUUUUUCCCAAUAGGAAAGCAUUGAUUUAGGGAUUUGCCGUGGAUUCGCAUUAGACCCUGCUUGUCGCGGGACAAAGGAGGGGGUGGAGUGUUGACCCAGUGCCGAGGGACCUAGGCGAUAGGAAAAGGUAAGUAAAGGGUUUUUAAUCCUUUAUUUACCAGGGAAGGUGGUGGCAGGAGGACCGAUAGUGCCAGGAAUAAAGCUUUGUAUUCCUGGGACACUACAGUAUCUAUUUAAAGGGGCAAUUUUGGUGUCUCUGCUUCCAAAAUAAAGGGUUUAAAAGCCUUUAGACACUUACCUGACUGCAGUGACUAAGUCCCUUGGUGCUGGCUCCGUCUUCGCCUCCUCCAAUGUAAGAGAUUGUGGGGUGGGGGGGGACUUAACGUGUAUGCGUGGCAAAAUGCAUUAGGCCUUCCCAAUAGGAAAGCUUUAACUCUUUAAUUUCUUAAGGAGAUUUUCAAAAUGCUGGUGUCUGUCUGCAUUGUUUCAAACCGGGUAGUGCCUCUAGAGGCAGUCUUAAUCCUACAAUGUAAGUGGACAGAGAUACUGCACCCAGACAAUUAGUGGUCUGGAUGCCUAUUUUGUCAUUUUUGUAUUUGGAAUUCAUGUUCAAUUCCUGACAUUACACAUUCUGUAGCUAAUAAGCCUUCUAAUGUGGAAGUUGUUUGUUUUCUGUUAUAGCAAAUAUUUUUUAUUGUUUUUAUCUUUCUCCUUAGCUUCCAGUCGGUCUUUAUAAAAAGGUGCUUCUGAUCUUGCACGAGUCCAUUUUGCCACAUAUGGUGAAGCCCACUCUGUUGAUAGACUUUCUAACAGCUGCCUAUGAUGUUGGUAAGCCAUAGUCUAAUAUUGGUGUCAGUGUGCCCUAGCCAUAAGUAAAAUGAACAAAAAGUUAAGUGUGGGUAAUGCCACUGGGCCCGUGUCUAAACCCUGUGCCCAUGGCAGUCACCUGAGGCUACUUAAUUUGUCAUCUGGCACAAUAGUUGUACAACAGACAAUAAGACCUGUUUCAAACUGCUAAAUCUACUUUUUUUUUUUUUUUUUCUCAUAGGUGGACCCAUCAGUCUUCUUGCAUUGAAUGGGCUAUUUGUCCUGAUUCAUCAGCAUAACCUGUAAGUAGUAAACCAGUAUGAAAGCCUCUGCUAAAUCUAUUUUAUGAUCCAGAAUCUCCAUGCUUAAAUUUAAUAUAGUUUAAUCUGUCAUGGUUAAUAAUCUGUGACAAGAAAAGCCCUAUGUCAUCAGAAAUACUCAGCAUUGUGUGUUUUCGCUUUUUAGAGAAUACCCUGAUUUUUACAAGAAGCUUUACUCUCUGCUGGAUCCUUCUGUGUUUCACGUGAAAUACCAUGCUCGUUUCUUCCAUCUGGCCAACUUGUUCUUGUCAUCCACGUAAGUGACAUGACUGCUGAUGUCCUGAGAAUCUGAGAUUCUUCUCCGAUUGAUACAAAUUAUUCCACUCUGUCAUCUGCAUAGUUUUACAUUUCAUAACUUUUUUUUUUUUUGUAUCUUGUUUUCUAGACAUUUACCUGUAUACCUUGUUGCUGCUUUCGCCAAGCGCCUUUCUAGGCUGUCACUCACUGCUCCACCCCAAGUUCUUCUGAUGAUCAUUCCAUUUAUUUGUAACUUGAUACGUAGGCACCCAGCCUGUAGGAUCCUCAUACACCGCCCAUCUGCUGCAGGAGGUGAGUUUCCAUAUUUUAUUUUGGUACUAUAUUUUAUUUUGGUUUUGUUUUGUUAGAGAGACACUCUGUGCACCAUUUCUCCACUCCUACUGUAGAAGAUUCAGCUUUGCAUUAUUCACUCAAAGGCAUCCAAAUGCAAAUUUUCAGAGAGCACUGGGGGCUUCCUAUCAUAGCAGUCUAAUGUUGGACAAAUUUUGAUUAAUAAUACGGAAGGGAAUCUUCUACAUUACCCGAGUGUCUACAGAUAAAUUGUAAUAUGCAGAUAUUAAUUUGAUUAGACUUCUGUUACUCCGAGGCAGCUGGCAGAGAUCAAAUGUUUUGCCUGAUUUACACUUGCUCUUCCCCCUCUUUUUAAAUACUUUACAUAUUCUGAAUGGUAGAACUUUUUAGACUCUUUGCCAUGAAGGAAAUUAGUACAUUUAUAUCAAAGCUCUUUCUACAACGCUAUAUAUAUCCUUGUGUUUUGAUAGAUCUGACAGCUGAUCCAUAUGUAAUGGAGGAACAAGAACCAGCAAAAUGCCAGGCUUUGGAGAGCUCUCUGUGGGAGCUGGAGGUAAGAUCUGGAAUUUUGGUUUCUUUCUCUUAAACUUACAAGUUCCAUCAAGAUUGAGAAGAGUUAAAAAUAAACUAAUUGAGGUAUAUCUAGUAAGUAAAGCGAAGAUAAGACUGUGACUUUAAAGUUGUAUCUAGAUAAAAGCAAAUCAUAAACAAAUAGCCAUAGUGUGACUAAAAGAAGGAUGAAUACUGUUGUCACUUUGUUGAAAAAUAAUUUUGUUUUGAAUGCAUCAGGGCCUUGUUUCGCAAUCAGUGGAAAGAGCACCUAAGGAAGGGCCCCUUUAGCGCCCCUUUAGGAGGCACGCUGGCUGUGUGCUAAUGCAGAGAAGCACAUGCUUACCCAGGUGUCUACUGAGCCCAAAUACUUUGUGGGGUGCAGAGGCCAGGAGAUAGCUGGUGAUCUUCAUUAACAUCUAGCACUGCUCCCUGCGGUGAUGCCUGAAGCUGGGUUAUGACAUCACUCCAACACCACUAAACAGGGAGCAGUGCUGGAGGAGCAUUUAGAUUCUACAAUCCCCACACUGGACCCAAGGGAACGGAUCCACUCCAACUCUCCCGAAGGUAGGGAUACUGGGUGGACUUAAAUAAAAUCAAUUUGCGCGUGUGUGUUUGUGUGUGAGAGAAUGUGUAUAUGUCUGUCAAAACUGUGUGAGUGUGUCCGUGUGUCAGAUAUACUUCAUGAUAGGAUAUUUUUAUUGGACGUGUAAUACAGCAUCAUGUGGAAUUUGCAACUCUAUAAACUGAUCAAGUGAAAACAGGAACCAUACAAAUAAAGCAUAUUCUAUGUAUGAGGCUGGUGAGAUAUCCAUGUGGGUUAAAACUCGUGCUGUAGAAACUUUUCAAGUGCUUGUUAUGUGAUGUUGUUAUGUGAUGUUGAUGCUAUGAGUAACAAAGCGGGUAGUGGUAGUAAUAUUAUCUCUUUGAUUAUCACACAAGAAACACAACAAGCUUUGUAUGCAGUGGAUUGUUGCAGGCUAUAAUAUAUACAUUUGACAGAAAUAUGUACUUAUCAGAAUGCAUAGAUUAUAGGGAAAUUGAAUCUAAAAUAAAUCACCAUCUGCUUUUUUUAUUUUGACAGAUGCACGUUAAACAUUUUCUUUCAAAUGUUUAGUACAAACAUGACACUUGCCUCUAAUGCACUCUAGUAGAGCUCUGAAAAUUUUAUGCAGGUCAGGGAUAGUUUUGAAAGUAAUUUUGAAGAUUUAUUGCUCUUCAGAUUGUAGGUAUAAAAAUUUACUUUGCUUCACACAAAAAACCCACAUAAGUUCCAGAGAGUAGUUUUAACAUGACCUCCUUUAGUUUCCUUUCCCAAUUCUGUUUUUUUUUUUUUUUUUUAACCCACAGACUCUUCAGAAACACUACCAUCCAGAUGUAGUGAGAGCAGCCAAUGUGAUUAUCCGGGCAUUGUCAACUCAAGAGACUGAUAUCUCUGAGCUCCUGGAGGUGUCCUCAUAUGAGGUAGAGUAA